AUGUGUCCGAAGAAGAUGAGUGAAUCCAGUUCAGAAUCAAGCCAACCCCUGGCUGCCAAACAGGACAAGGACGUGUCUGAGAAGAGAGGACGAGGACGACCCAGGAAGAAACCUCAGCAAGAACCCAGUGAGGCACCAGCACCCAAGAGACCACGUGGUAGACCAAAGGGGAGCAAAAACAAGGCCACUUCAAAGGGCAGGAAAUCUGCUGUAACACCUGGGAGAAAACCUCGAGGCCGACCUAAAAAAUUAAAAGCUGCUGUAACACCUGGAAGAAAACCUCGAGGCCGACCUAAAAAAUCAAAGGAAGAAGAGGUCAACAUCUCCCAAGAGUCAUCAGAAGAGGAACAGUGAAACUGAUUCUACCUCACAAUUCAGUUUUCCUAUUUCUUGUCAAGUCCUGGGACUGAGGAAGGAACAAAGAAUCCUCAUCACUUUCUUGCCCCCACUUCUCCAAUGUCCUUGCAGUCAAAACAGUAACACUGGAGUACAGUGUAAAACAGAUCAGCCAUCACGUUUGUUGAUGUGUAAUGGGAGAACCCUGUAUUUUGUUUUCCCCUCUUAUUUGACAGGGUUAAGAUUUUAGCCUACCAGUUCAUGUAGUUCUGUAUAAUACCUGUUUUUUUGGCCUGUCUUUUUUUCAAUACACUCCUUAGAGAAAGGGGUAUAUAAAUCUUUAUAUUAGCCACUGAUUCAUGUUGAAAAGAGUGGACAGCCUAGUUCCCUUUGUCAGCCCUGUUCUCCCCUUUGGAGAGAGCAUGCCACUCUCCCAAAGGAUGAUACUUGGCACUGGCAGAAAUUUAUGCCACAUAGAAGAGCUGGGAGCAUUGUGGUGGGUUAUUUUUUCCCUGGAAAGCAAGUACAGAGCCAAUGCAUUUAAAGGGGGCAAGUCAUUAGAACUUUCCUAUUGUAAGCCAUUUGCCCAAGUACUGUUUUUGAAGUGUUACCUUGCCACUUCCUUCCUUCCAUUCCCUAUGGUUCAAGAAUAAUAUGUCUCCUUGCUGUAGGUCUUGUUGACUGUAUGCAGUCCAGCCCCAACCAGCUGCUUUGGAGGCAAAGCAUGUAGGGUUUCUAGUAGUAGCAGGGAUUGUUUUAAAACACUCUUUUCUCAGUUGGCAGAUGAGCCAGUGCCCAUGUUUAACGGUUCCAUCUCAUCCACCUCCAUCAUAGCCCUAGCUGCUAGCUCCCAGGUAAGAGAAACUUGCAGGUAGGAUACAACAACUGAAAGCUCUUUCCCUUGGUGUUCAAAUUGUUCUGCACAGAAAGGACUGCAGGAUCUUCUUUGAAACCAGAGACUUUACCAAGCUGAAGGGAAGUAGGAUGGCAGAAUUUCUCUUCCCACUCACCCCACUGGGUUCAGCUAUUCUCUAUUGAAAAUAGCACAGUUAGUGUAUUAGUUACAGUUGUCUUUUCAAAACAUGGUCUCUAAGGUUUUCUUUUUCCUUCAUUCACAACUACCUCUGGAUAAUAAUUUGUUUCAUUCUCUUAAAACAUGUUGCUGCUGCUGCUUCUGAUGCUGCUGUAAUGGUUACAAAGUUUUAUUAUUCCAACAGGUUCUGUCUGGUUUUUUCCUCUCUGGAACUGACAUUUUACACUAUAGAUAACUUAGUCUGAGUUGACUUUUAAAACUAUUGUGCUAUUAAAGGGACAAAAGCUUA